GUUCUUCCGCGUUCUUGGUUAGAUGUAGAUGCGUGCUGGAAGGCCGUAUUUUCGAGUCGACGCGUGUUCUUGUGAACUUUUUCGCGCCUUUCAUCGGAGUUUCAUGGCACCUGAUUUACAUGUUUUAAUUGGAUCGGAAGGUUGAAAUUUUCGAGUGUUUAAAUAAAAUGUCAUUCGUAAAACUACUUAAUUAAAGAACUGCUAAAAAGGACAAUAAGUGCAAAUGUGAAUUGGUUGAAAUAAUUACAAGUGACUGAAACGGUAAUUUUGAGAAGUUUUCAAGUGAACUGAUUUGUUUAUUUAAGUGUAAAAUAAACUGACAGGAUGUGUUCUUUGCUUUCUACACUGUUCGUUGUUUCGGCGGUUCUUCUACAAGAAUCCUGCCAGGCAAGCAUCAAGGUCGAUCCUGCGACGCUACCCACAUUUCUCACGUCGAGCCAAAUGUUUAAGGUCACAGAAAAGGACACGGUUAUCCUGCCAUGCGAGGUCUCCAAUCCCGGUCCGUACGUGCUAGCCUGGAAAAAAGGCAUCGCAGUUCUUUCUGCCGGCAACGUGAAGGUAUCUCCCGAUCCUCGUAUCAGUCUGGUUGAUGGUUACAGUCUGGAAAUUAAAGAGGUUACCCCCCAAGAUGGGGGCGACUACGUUUGCCAGAUCGGCACACUCGAACCGAGGGAAAUCACGCACACCGUGGAAAUUUUAGUGCCUCCAAGAAUAAACUACGUGUCGUCGAAUGGACGUGUCGAAGUAAAGAAGGGAUCAUCAGUGCGGUUAGAGUGUAGAGCAAAUGGUAAUCCUCCACCUAAAAUAACAUGGUCGAGGAAAAACAAUGUCCUGCCAUCAGGAGAUCAAACACUGGUGACUCCAGUGCUAACACUGGAUAAGGUGGAUAGGCAUCAAGCUGGAGUGUACAAAUGCACGGCAAGCAAUGGGGUCGGACAAGACGUCACUCAAGACAUAAAUCUUCACGUUUUGUAUCCCCCGGAAAUUUCUGUCGAGAAACCGCUGGUUCAUUCAGGGGAAGGUCAGGAGGCGCAGCUGGUCUGUAUUGUCCAUGGGGAGAACCAACCUGAGGUGCUGUGGUAUCGGGACACGAUGCAGCUGGAUACAACAGAAAGAAGAAUAAUGGAAUCACGCGGCUCCAGACAUACACUCCUCAUUCGCAAAGUACACCGUUCCGACUUUGGAAAUUACACUUGCGUGGCGGAUAAUCAACUGGGAAAAACGAGAAAGAGCGUCCAAUUAACCGGUAAACCCAACCCCGCGAAAUUCAACAGCGCGACGCGAGGCAACUGGCGAGACAGCUACAACAUCAGUUGGGCCGUAGAGUCCUACAGCCCGAUCGAGGAAUACAAGUUGCUUUUCCGGGAACUUCCGGAUAAUUCAGGAUCGGACGACGGCCACCCGCAGCCUCUGCACCACCAGAGUCAAAGAAAAUUCAACCCGGGCCGAGAAAACCGGACGCACGGCGCCGUCUACUACAACGUGGGCAACGGCUACGGCCGCCAGAUAAUCGACAGAAGGGCCGAUUGGCGAAACGUCAUCCUCCCGGCCACCACCUCGCAGUCUUCUGGUUUUCAGUCGAUGAGUUAUGUGAUUCGGGGGCUGGUGCCGGGGCAGAGCUACGAGGCCAAAGUCCAAGCGCGGAACAAAUUCGGGUGGAGUCCCGUUUCUGAUGCUUUCACGUUUCAGACCACAGACACAGAAUUGACCUUUCCAGAACGACCCCAGACUCCCCGGCAUGUUUUCGAAGAAAAUGAUCUAAAUGGAUUCGGAAUAAGAAUAUAUAGGAGUUCGGCCAGUUUACUAUCGACCGAGGCCGUCAUUCUGUGCGUCGCAUUCACAUUCUUUGAUUUCUUCAACUAAAACGACGUGCUUUUAGUUUAAGACACUUUCUUUGUAAAAUAGAUUCACUAAUAGGUAUCACACCAAGUCGUAUGAUUUUCGCAUAGCAUUACCAAUGAUCCAAUCACUUGAUAAUGCUAUGCCAAUGCUAUAAAUGUGCACUUUGUAAAUGAUAACCUUUCUUUAUGAUAAAUAAGUUUUGAUACUUGCCUAUGAUAAAAAGCGAAAUUUAUAAUUAAACAAUUUUCCUUUUGCAAUUAGGAAAUUGAGAAGUUUGGGUGAGUAACUCUUUGUUAAAAAUUAACAUAGUGCCAUAUAAAUUAAAGCAAUGUAAUUGUUAAAUGUUUUGCUGAAUUAUUUAUUGUCAUAGUUGAAUAUUCUCAGACUAUUUGAUAUAUUUCGUGUUGUCACUGAUAGGUUGCUGGCAUUUGUUAAAACACCGGAUUUCUUCACAAUUCUUCAUUAUCCGGGAAAAGUACGCUUAACGUGUGAAACACGACAAAGCUAGAUUUCUAUUUAUUUGUACAUAACUAAAACGGUGUUUUAACAUUUAACACUUGUUUGUAUUUACGUUUUUUGUAAAAGGGUCCAAAUAGCCUCAGCUUUAAUUAUUUGCUGCUCCUCACGACGUGCCAAUACUCUUCAAAGGUCACAUUUGCACCUCAAACGUUUAUUUUUCUGCUCCCAUUGGACAAAUCGAUCGACUCUUUUACUAUCGACCUAGGGGUAUCGGCCGUCACUGCUCAUUCAGUUCGACAUCCCAGAUUGUGAACCUGCCAUUAUAUACGUAUCUACGCUAAUUUUAUAUGUAAAUACAGAUAGCAUAGAAGCUUUUAAAAUAUUUCUACUUAUUCUAUAUACACAGUAUUACUGUAAAUAAUUAUGUGUAUUUUAAAAUUACAGAGUUAAAAUUAAGAUUAGCUCACGUUUGGAAACGGUCCAGUUUCAGACGUGAGCUUCGUGAUGCAAAUGAUGAGUGUAUGGCUCCAUGUGUAAUUAGGAAAGAUUAUUUUUAUUAUGUAUAAGAUAAGCAGCUUAUAAGUGUCGUGAUAUAUGAUAAUCAUACUCUUACCUACAUUCUAGAUUUACUUACCACCAGAUUUUAUUCGGCCCUUCGAAUCAAAAGUAUACUAGGCUACUAAUAUGUGAACUGUGUUAUUUAACCACUUUUAUGUGCUAAUCGAGGUGAGACUCAAAGUGCUACACGAACUAAGUGACGGAAUGGGCUAAGCGAUGUGCAGAUUUAUGAUUGUAUGUCACACACGGAACUGACAAAUUAAUAUGAAUAAACCAUGUUUAUAUUGUA